AUGAUCAGCCGUACUCCCCCAGCGCUGCUACAGUCUGGCAGCUGGGGGAGGAAGAAGCUGGUGAAGAAGACUCCGCAUGUGCUGUGUGUGAAGCAGGACUCCAACAGCAAUACAAGCGGCUGUGAGCAGGAAACAAGUCCGAUUCCCGAGAAGCAGGAGUCCAGUCCGGCCCCGAUCCCAGACCUAGACUGUCUCCCAGGCUCGUCAUCGCUCCCACUCUGUGACCCUGAGAAAUUACAGAGGGUGAUGAGGCAGGGGAAGAGGCGGGGGACUCCUUAUGAUCGACCUGUGGAUCAGGAGUCCAGCUCCAAAUCUAGAAAGAGGAGCGUUGAGACCAAGGCGAAAGCGAGUUUGAUUGAUUUGGUUUCAUUCAGUCCGAUUUCUGAGAAGCAGGGGUCCAGUCCAAUCCUGACCCUGGUUUCGAUCCCAGUCCCGUCACCAACCAGUGUCCGUGAAGCAGAAACCUGUAGACAGAGACAAGAUCCCACGCAAGACGACAUCUAA